AUGAGUAUAUCAUAUGAUAACCCAACGUUUGUCCCCGACAACUCGCUACCCGCCACAAAUGGAACAACAAUACUCACAGUAGAACAGCAAAACAAUGUAAAAGGUCACAAAAAAGACCGUGACACGUGGGGCAAAGAAAUUGAAUUUCUCCUGUCAUGCAUUGCCAUGGCUGUGGGUUUAGGCAACGUUUGGAGAUUUCCGUUUAUUGCUCUGAGAAACGGAGGCGGUGCCUUUGUCAUUCCUUACAUCAUCAUUUUAGUAUUAGUGGGAAAACCCGGUUACUUUCUAGAGAUGAUAAUGGGACAGUUCUCAUCUAGAGGGACUGUAAAGGUCUAUGAUUCUGUGCCUGCGAUGCGUGGAGUAGGCAUAGGACAAACAUUAUGUAUAGCAGUAGUAGCAACAUACUACUCAUCAAUUAUGGCUAUUACAUUAAAAUACAUAUUUGAUUCGUUUAGUCCCGUCCUUCCAUGGAGUGAAUGUAAUCCCAAUUGGACUGUACCGUGUUAUCCAUCCAGUGGUAUGGGUAAAGGUGCAAAUCACACGUGGACGAAUGGAACGAAAUCAUCAGCUGAAUUGUAUUUCUUAAAGGAAGUUCUUCAUGCUAAAGAUAAUAUUGAUGAUGGAAUUGGAUGGCCGAAUUUAAAUCUUGUCGUUUGUUUGAUUAUAUCUUGGGCAAUCAUAUUUGGAAUUUUAAUAAAGGGAAUCAAAAGCUCAGGCAAAGCAUCAUACAUCACAGGAAUUGCUCCUUUUAUAUUUCUCAUAAUCUUCUUUAUACGUGCCGUUACCCUUCCUGGAGCACUCAAUGGAAUUGCCUACUUUUUUACUCCAAAAUGGGAAGAAAUUUUAAAGCCAAGCGUCUGGUUUGACGCAUGUACACAAGUAUUUUUUACAUUAAAUGUAUUUUUCGUUAAUGUCAUCAUGUAUGCUUCAUACAACAAAUUUGAUCAUAAUAUAUACAGAGAUUCAAAUAUAGUCACAACUCUAGAUACAUUUACAUCAUUAUUGGUGGGUUGUAUCACGUUUGGCAUAGUAGGGCAUUUAGCUCAUGAACUUGGAGUGGAGGAUGUAUCACAAGUUUUCCGAGGAGGUCCAGGUCUCGUGUUCGUUACAUACCCAGAAACAAUAUCAAAGUUUAAAUUUGUUCCACAACUUUUCUCAGUCAUGUUUUUCGUUAUGCUUUAUAUUCUUGCACUCGGAAGUAAUCUUGCUACUACAUCAAGCAUAGUAACAGUUAUUCGGGAUCAGUUUAAGACAGUGAAAAAUUGGCAAGCAGCACUUGGAAUUGCUAUUUAUGGAAUAGUAUUUGGAUCAUUUUAUACGACGCCGGGUGGACAAUCUGUUUUAAAUCUCGUCGAUCAUUAUGGUGCAAAUUUCGUCAUAUUCAUUCUUGCCUGUUUUGAAAUCUAUACUUUUUGUUAUAUGUACGGAGUCAAAAGAAUUUGUGAUGAUGUUAUGUACAUGUUGGAUUUCCGUCCAUCUAUCUUUUGGAGAGUUUGUUGGAAAUUUGUGACUCCUGCUAUAAUGACUGGAAUUGCCAUUUAUUCAUUAAUAUUUUAUGAAGCACCAACAGAUAAUGGCAGAGAAUAUCCUCCAACUGCUCAUUUUAUUGGAUGGUGUAUUACAACUUUAGCAAUAAUUUGGUUACCAACAUUUUUCAUAAUGAGAGUUAUGAAGCAAACAGAGAAUACGUUGUUAGAUAAAAUCAAAGCUGCUUUAAAACCAACUACAAACUGGGGACCACUCAAUGCAGAAAAUAAUGCAAAAUACAAAGAUUAUAUGGCAUCAAAAUAG